UUUAACAAAUACUUCUACUACUAAUAAUCUAACUAACACCGCAGUCCAUUUCAAAAUUUUCAAUCUUGGGCCAACUCGAGUGAGCAAAGUUGUUUUGAUGGACGGCGGCAGCAGCGUGAAAUCGCAGUGGUUUGCACUCUCAAUCGGUUUUGCAUUUACUCUUUCUGCUUCCCUUUAUUUAUGGACGAAGAAAUCGACGCCGGAUUUUCCAAACGGCGAUGCGACCGCCGAAAUCAUUAAGCUCCAGGCCUCCUUAAAGGGCGCUCUCGACAAGUGCGCUGCUGAAAGACAAGGCCGCAUUAGGGCUCAGAAGGCUUUAAGGGAGGCAUUGAGCAAGUCCAGCUGUGACAAGGUUGAAUCUACUUCAUAUCCCAUGGCACCUAUUGGAGUAGUCCACUCGUGUUUCUCUACACGGAAUGGAACUCCAAGACAGCCUUUGCUUGUACCUCUAGCAAAAGCAACCUUGAGGUUUGAUCCUGCUCGGGUUCCUCAAGCAUCUCUUGAAGGCCUUGAAGGGUAUUCUCACUGCUGGAUUAUCUAUGUGUUUCAUCUAAAUACAGAUAUUGAAAAGCUAUGGAAGCAUCCAUCUCAGUCAAAAUUUAAAGCAAAGGUUAGAGUACCAAGGCUGAAAGGUGAAAGAAUUGGAGUCUUUGCUACGCGAUCUCCUCAUCGCCCAUGUCCAAUUGGAUUAACUGUGGCAAAGGUUGAGGCUGUAGAUCGGCAUAAGGUGUUACUAUCUGGCGUGGAUCUGGUUGAUGGUACCCCUGUCCUGGACAUUAAACCUUAUCUGCCGUAUUGUGACAGCAUUCAUGGAGCAAUAGUUCCUGACUGGGUAAAGGUGGACAAUGUGCUAGCAAUAGCUUCUGUAAACUUCUCCCAAGGCUUUUCAUCCAGCCUUGCAGAUUGUUGGUCACUGGUGGAAAAGAAGUCUCUGUAUUCUUCUCCGGAGGAAUUCCAGUCGCUGAUAAGGCAGGUGCUAUCAUGGGACAUACGAUCAGUUUCACAACGAAGUCGUCCGGUUAAGACAAAGGGCGGAAUAGGUGAUGACGAUAAUGUUGAAAAUACAGUCUGUCCUGCUUCGAAGGUCGAGAGUGUGCAAGACGAAGAAGCUUGUGAGCAAGAUUCGAGCAAUGUAGUUUAUCAUCUUUUAUUGGAAGGCCUAGACGUUUCAUAUGGAGUGGAUUCCGAUGCUAAUGUCGUAGUUGAGAAGGUUUCCUUGCCAUCUCGCUUGCCAAGUUCCGGCGAGAUGUAAGCGCUGCUGCAUAGUUCUAAUGUUUUGAAUACAAUUAUAUAUGGCAGUAUAGGAGCAUAGUUUUUUUUUGGUAUGAGAUGAAGUCAUAGUUUUAGUGUAGAAGUGAGGCCGCGUUAAUAUAUGAACAACAACCGAAUCUGGAGUGUUGGAUCUAGGGUGCGGAUGCCUGGAAACAAAAUGCGCAAAAUCAGUAUAGUAUAUUUAUUCCCGUGGAGGGAUCUUUCAGACACUGGAUUUUAGGAAUUGUAUACUGAGAAGCAGUCAUAUCGAAAAUGCAGUAUGACACUGUGCUAAACAAGUCCGUGAUAACCUUGUAUAUCUUUGAUAUCAUGAUGAUACUCUUAUUUCUACCA